CCGAGGGGAGACCCCCAGGUGUGAGGGAGACACCUCCAGGUACCGAGGGGAGACCCCCAGGUGUGAGCGGGAGGCACCCAGGUACCGAGGGGAGACCCCCAGGUGAGAGGUGGAGGCACCCAGGUACCGAGGGGAGAGCCACGGGUGUGAGGGGGAAUCCCUCAGGUGAGAGGGAGACACCUCCAGGUACCGAGGGGAGACCCCCAGGUGUGAGGGAGACACCUCCAGGUACCGAGGGGAGACCCCCAGGUGUGAGGUGGAGGCACCCAGGUACCGAGGGAAGAGCCCCGGGUGUGAGGGGGAGACCCUCAGGUGAGAGGGAGACACCUCCAGGUACCGAGGGGAGACCCCCAGGUGUGAGGUGGAGGCACCCAGGUACCGAGGGGAGACCCCCAGGUGUGAGCGGGAAUCCCUCAGGUGUCAGGGAAAGACCUCCAGGUAUCGAGGAGGGACCCGCAGGUGUGAAGGGGAGACCCCCAGGUGAGAGGGGGAGGCCCCCAGGUACCUGGGGGAGGGGCUCAGGUGAGAGGGAGCAACCCCCAGGUACCGGGAUGAGACCCCCGGGUGUGAGGGAGAGAGGGGGUGAGGGGGAAGGUGAGUGUGCAAUGGGAUCCAGGUGUGUAACGGGGUCCAGGUGUGCAAUGGGAUCUGAGUGUGCCACAGGAUCCAGGUGUAAAACAGGAUCCAGGUGUGCAACGGGAUCCAGGUGUGCAGCAGGAUCUGAGUGUGCCACAGGAUCCAGGUGUAAAACAGGAUCCAGGUGUGCAAUGGGAUCCAGGUGUGCAAUGGGAUCCAGGUGUGCAAUAGGAUCCAGGUGUACAAUGGGAUCCAGGUGUGCAAUAGGAUCCAGGUUUGCAACGGGAUCCGAGUGUGCCACAGGACCUGGACUUAAGACUGUGAAAGGAUCCAGGUGUGCCACAGGAUCCAGGUGUGCAACGGGAUCCAGGUGUAAAACAGGAUCCGAGUGUGCAACAGGAUCCAGGUGUGCCACAGGAUCCAGGUGUGCAACAGGAUCCAAGUGUAAAACAGGAUCCAAGUGUGCCACAGGAUCCAGGUGUGCAACAGGAUCUAGAUGUAAAACGGGAUCCGAGUGUGCAACGGGAUCCAGGUGUAAAACGGGAUCCGAGUGUGCCACAGGAUCUGGACUUAGGACUGUGAAAGGAUCCGAGUGUGCAACAGGAUCCAGGUGUAAAACGGGGUCCGAGUGUGCAACGGGACCUGAGUGUGGCACGGGAUCCAAAUGUGCAAGGGGAUCUGAGUGUGCGACAGGAUCCAGGCGUGCAACAAAGUGUGGAUGUAGGAAUGCAAUGGGAUCCGGGUGUGCAACGGGAUCCGAGUGUGCCACGGAAUCUGGAUUUAGGAUUGUACAAGGAUCCGAGUGUGCAAUGGGAUCUCGGUGUGCAAUGGGAUCUGGGUGUGCAAAGGGAGGCGGGUGUGCAAGGGGAUCUGCAUAUGGGGAUGUAACGGGAUCCGAGUGUGCAACAGAAUCCGAGCGUGCAACGGGAUCUCGGUAUUCAAAGGGAUCUGAGUGUGCAACAGGAUCUGAACAUGGGAAUGUGAUGGGAUCCGGGUGUGCAACAAGAUCCGAGUGUGCAACGGGAGCUCAGUGUGCAGCACGGUCCAGGUGUGCAACGGGAUCCGAGUGUGCAACGGGACCUGGACAUGGGAUUGUGAUGGGAUCCGAGUGUGCAACGGGAUCCGAGUGUGCAACGGGAUCCGAGUGUGCAACAGAAUCUGCAUAUGGGAAUGUGAUCGGAUCCGAGUGUGCAACAGGAUCUGAGUGUGCAAUGAGACCUGGACAUGGGAUUGUGAUGGGAUCCGAGUGUGCAAUGGGAUCCGAGUGUGCAACAGGAUCUCAGUGUGCAGCAGGGUCCAGGUGUGCAAUGGGAUCCAAGUGUGCAACGGGACCUGGACAUGGGAAUGUGAUGGGAUCCGAGUGUGCAAUGGGAUCCGAGUGUGCAACGGGAUCCGAGUGUGCAACGGGACCUGGACAUGGGAAUGUGAUGGGAUCCGAGUGUGCAACAGGAUCCAGGCUUGCCAUGGGAUCCAGGUGUGCAACAGGAUCCGAGUGUGCAACGGGACCUGGACAUGGGAAUGUGAUGGGAUCCGGGUGUGCAAGCAGAUCCAGGUGUGUAAUGGGAUCCGAGUGUGUAAGGGGAUCUCGGUGUGCAAGAGGACCUGAGUGUGCCCUGGGGCCCGGGCGUGCAAGGGGACGCGGGCAUGCAGGGGGGCCGGGGCGCGCGUGCAGGGGCGGGCGUGCGGCGGGCGCUGAGUGUGCAACGGGACGUGGACAGCGGGCGCCGGGACGUGGACGUGGGCAUCCGCUGGGACGCGAGCGUGCAACGGGAGCUGAGUGUGCAACAGGAGAUGGACGUGGGAGCCCGGCGGGAUCUGAGCGUGCCCCGGGAGCUGAGCGUGCAGCGGAAGCUGAGCGUGCAACGGGAGCUGGAGGCGCAGAGGCGGCUGAGCGUGCAACAGGAGCUGAGCGUGCAACGGGAGGUGGAGAUCCAGAGGAAGCUGAGCGUGCAACAGGAGCUGGGCGUGCAACGGCAGCUGGAGCUGGGCGUGCAGUGGGAGCCGGGCGUGCAACGGGAGCCGGGCGCGGAGUGGGAGGCGAGCGUGCAACGGGAGGUGGAGCUGAGCGUGCAGCAGGAGCUGAGCGUGCAAGCGGCUCCGAGCGUGCGGUGGGACGUGGAAAUGGGCGUGCAACGGGAGCCGGGCGUGCAAGGACACGUGGGCGUGCCCCGGGAGCCGCACGCGCCGCAGGACACGGACCCGGGCGUGCAAUGGGAGCCGGGCGUGCGAGAGGAGCCGCUGAGCGUGCAACAGGCCGCAGACACGGGCGUGCAACAGAACAUGAUUGUGCAAGAGGCGAUGAUUGUGCAACGAGAGGCGAAUGUACCGCAGGAGCCGGGCGUGCAAGAGGCCCCGAGUGUGCAACGGGAUCCGCAGCCGGGCGUGCAAGAGCCCCUGAGCGUGCAAGGGGACGUGGGAGUGUGACCGGGCGUGCAAAGGGGGGGGUGGGAGCCCCCUCCGAGGCUCGCACACGCGUGUGGGGGUGAGGGCGGCCGUGUGCACGCGCGUGUGCGAGGCUCACACGCACGCAAAAGUGUCACUCUCACGUGUCCAUUGCACACGCGCAACUGUCACGUGCUCACACGCACUCCUUGCACGCCUAGUCUGCACCCCUUGCACACUCACGUGCCACGCUCAGCUGUUCCUUGCACACUCACGUGCCUCACCUCUCCUGCCCCUCCCUCCCUUGCACACUCACGUCAUGCACUCAGCCCCCUGCACACUCACGUGUCACACACAUAACUCCCCUUGACACACGUGUGUCACACGCUCACCCCUUCCCUGACACACGUGCUGACACGCCCCUUGCACACUCACCCCACUCACCCACUGCCCUUGCACACUCACCGGACACACUCAGCCCCUUCCCUUGCACACUCAACCCCCUCACACAGCACCCUUGCACACUCACAGCUCACCCUCACCCCAGCCCUUGCACACUCACCAAUUCCCCCUCGCACACCCACCCAGGCUCUCUCGCACACUCGUGGGUCGCACACCCAUCCCUCUUACACACUCACAGCUCACCCACAGCCCUGCCCUUUGCACACUCACCAUUCCCCUUGCGCACUCACUGCCCCACACUUU